GGGAGCUGCAGCUUCUCUCACUGAGGGCGUUUUUUCUCUCCCUGAAUCUUGACCAUCUUGUCUCCAAACUAGUUGUUUCUUGUCUCCCCGGGUGUCUCCCUGCCUGGUCCACUGUCCCGGUGCUUCGGAGGCUCCUGUCCCCCGAGCAGAAGACGACUCGAACCGGAUUACCUUCGCGCACACGAACAUAUCUGAACUUUCCGGUCGCGGUCCCGUUAUUCCUCUCGCUCGGUACUUUCCAGGCCUUAUCUGUUAGCACGCUAAGCUAACCGAGGAGCACACCGAGCGGUCCGAUGCAGGCCAUUAAGUGUGUGGUGGUGGGGGACGGGGCUGUUGGUAAAACAUGCCUGCUCAUCAGCUACACUACCAAUGCCUUCCCUGGAGAGUACAUCCCCACCGUCUUCGACAACUACUCUGCCAAUGUGAUGGUUGAUGGGAAACCAGUCAACCUGGGCCUGUGGGAUACAGCAGGACAGGAGGACUAUGACAGACUCAGGCCACUCUCCUACCCACAGACAGACGUGUUUCUGAUUUGCUUCUCUCUCGUCAGUCCAGCUUCCUUUGAAAACGUCCGUGCCAAGUGGUACCCCGAGGUGAGACACCACUGCCCCAACACACCCAUCAUCCUGGUGGGCACCAAGCUGGACCUGAGAGACGACAAGGACACCAUCGAAAAGCUCAAGGAGAAGAAACUGGCGCCCAUCAUCUACCCUCAGGGCCUGGCCAUGGCUAAAGAAAUAAGUUCAGUGAAGUAUCUGGAGUGCUCAGCUUUGACACAGCGCGGCCUUAAGACGGUGUUUGACGAAGCCAUCAGGGCGGUGCUGUGCCCCCCGCCCGUCAAGAAGAGGAGGAGGAAGUGCAAAAUCUUGUAAAGGAGAGCCACAGGAGGAGCAGAAAAUACGGUUUCAGUCAGAACUCGCCUACUCAGAGGGAAGACGAUGAUAUCGGGGUUCACCCCAGAUAUCUGUUCAAUCCCUGCGUUUGGAGAAGCUCUGGUAGUUCACACUUCCAUCUGAAAGAACGACACAGAUUUAAGGAGCGCUGGUGGUUCUCAGGGCUGACCUGUGGUUUCUUAAAUCUGUGUUGCCCUUUCAGAUAGACAGGAAUUAAGUAAUUUUGCUAUAGGCCUUUGGGGGGAAUGUGAGGGUGGGGGGGAUUCGAUUUGGGAUCUGGGAUUGAUUAACGAGUUAGAAGGAGGAUUGUAGAAGAAACACAUUGUGAAGAAACACUACUUGAACGUGAAUUUAUCAUGAAAUGACCGUAGAUUUAACUCUAGUUCAGAAGGAGGUCCUGCACUGCGCUCUGUCCCUUACACAAGAGAUUUCUGCUGCCUUAAUGAAAUUAUAACUUUUCAGAUACCGUUUUUUAGAAGCUCAAAUUUCUCCUUUUUUUAAGUGUCGGCUGAUUGACGGACCGUUUUGUUUACACGAGUCAUCUGAUGAGACUGAGGUGCUGCCAAAACCCAGUCAGCGGUCAUCCCUGUGUAGUCACUCCAUAAACACUAAAAUGUAAUUUUUUUUCUUCCUUUUACUUUUAUUUUAAACUGCAUUUAAUGUCAUUUAUGAAGAAAUGUUUUAACCCUGAAAUUAUUAAAUUGACUCAUAGCAGCUGCUAAGAGAAGUAUUAAUUAAAACACAGAGUUAUUAGUUAUUUUGUUUUGUUCCUAAAAGCUUUCUAGAUGAAUACAUGGCUCUCUUCUCACUACGUGUUAAAUGAAGACAGUGUUUUUUUGACUUGUUUUGAUCAUGUGAAGGUGCAGUGCUGCCACAGCUGUUGUGCUGGCUCAUUGUCUAUUUAUAUGUUCAGGUUAUCAUUUCACAUUUACACAACAUUUUUGCUCUAAAACCGCUUUGAACACUCAGGCUUUUAAUUAACUCAUAUUGUUUGCAUAAUGGCGUGCAACCAUGCUCUUGUGACCCCAUCUAUCAAUGUUUUAUGAGCCAGCGUAUCAGCACCUGAGGGUUGUUACUCCUUUUACUGUCUGUGUUGUACAAUGCGACCUUCAGCAGAUGACUUUUAUUAUGAAAUGAGCAUGGAUCAAACUGUAUAGGGGCCCUGUUCAACCACUUUAAAUCUGGACUUGUGGUAUUAGUGUUUCAACGGCACGUAGGGAGUGCACACUCCGAUUUCUUGCUAAAUGUGGUUUAAUUUUCAUAUAGUAACAUGCAGAUUUUUUUUUUUAAAGCAAAUAAAUUCUUUGAAAAUG